AUGAGUAUACAGGCAGCAGCGCUUGUUCUUGCUCCAAAAGUCGUUGCAAUUGUCGGUGGAGACGAUGCUUCGGUUGGCGAGUUUCCUCACAUGGCUCUGCUGGGCCGGCCGUGCUCCAAAGAUACUUGUGGUGAAAACGAUUCUGGCUUCGAUUGGUUUUGUGGAGGCUCUCUCAUCGCAACUCGGUUCGUCCUGACGGCGGCGCACUGUGCAUACGCUUCCAUGCCGAACCCUCCGACGAUCGUCCGCCUUGGAGAACACAAUCUCAAGGAUAGCUUUUCUCCAAACCGCCAGGACGUUGAGGUUCAGAGGAUCGUGCACCAUCCGGGCUAUCACUACGCAUAUUACGAUAUCGCACUGGUGCAACUGAACGUCGCGGUUACUGUCAACGCCUACGUACAACCCGCGUGCCUUUGGACUCACGAUAAUGAUCCUGAUUCUCCGUUGAUAGCCACUGGAUGGGGAAAUCUUGGCUACUAUAACGAACAGGCGACGGUUCUACAGCGGGUACAGCUUCUUAUUGUACCGAAUUGGCAGUGUAACCAAAUUACAUUCCACAACCGGCGUCUGUGCUACGGAAUUUUGGAGAUGCAAUUGUGUGCCAGUGACCCGCAAGGUGGGAAAGAUACAUGCUCUGGAGACUCCGGCGGUCCGCUACAGCUCCGAGUUCCGGAAGCAGAUCGGGAUGCAGGACUCUGCUCUAGACCCUACUAUUUGGUAGGUAUCACGUCAAAUGGUAUGAUUUGUGGUACAGUUAAUCAGCCAGGAAUUUACACGCGCAUUUCAAGUUUCGUUUCAUGGUGCAACCAAAUUACAUUCCACAACCGUCGACUUCGGCACGGCAUUUUGAACAUGCAAUUGUGCGCUGGUGAUCAGCAGGGAGGCAAGGACACGUGUGCCGGAGACUCCGGCGGUCCGCUACAGCUACCAGUGCCGGAAGCAGAUCGGGAUGCAGGACUCUGCUCUAGACCCUACUAUUUGGUAGGUAUCACGUCAAAUGGUAUGAUUUGUGGAACAGUUAAUCAGCCAGGAAUUUACACGCGCAUUGCGUCCUGCGUCAAGUGGAUUAGACUUGUUGUUGGUCGAGGCGUUUAG